CCAACAGUGGAAUUUCAACAGUGAAGUCCUCAUAUGCUUGCUGCCUCGUGGUGGCGCGCGGUUGCCCUGCAGCUUGGACCACGUGAUUUCUGAGAAGCGGCCCUGCCUGGAGGAGAACUGAAACUUAGGGUGGGGACUGUAGGAAGGGGCGGAGAAAUCAGGACGCUGCCUGGACGGCUGCUGAGCCGAGGGCAGCUUGCUGCGUCCUGGGACAGCCAGCGAGCCGCGCAGGAUGGCAUCAGGCAGGGCACGCUGCACCCGAAAGCUGCGGAACUGGGUUGUAGAGCAAGUGGAGAGCGGGCAGUUUCCUGGGGUGUGCUGGGAGGAUGCCGCCAAGACCAUGUUCCGGAUCCCCUGGAAGCACGCGGGCAAGCAGGACUUCCGGGAGGACCAGGAUGCUGCCUUCUUCAAGGCAUGGGCGAUGUUUAAGGGGAAGUACAAGGAAGGGGACACAGAAGGCCCUGCCAUCUGGAAGACACGUCUGCGCUGUGCCCUCAACAAGAGUUCUGAAUUUGAGGAGGUUCCUGAGAGCGGCCAUAGGGACGGCGCUGAGCCCUACAAAGUGUACCGGCUGCUGCCGCCAUCAGGGACCUGUCCCGCCCAGCCAGGGACCCAGAAGUCACCAUCAAAGCGAAGUCACAGUUCUGUGUCCUCUGAGAAGGAGGAGGAGGAGGGCACCACAAAGAACUGCAUGCUCAGUCCCUCCUGGCUUGAGGACCCCCUCAGAAAUGAGGAGGUGGGGGCCAAUGGGGGAACAGGCCAUUCAAACUUUGGGAGCAGCAGCAGCAGCAGCAACAGCCCUGAGCCUCAGGAAGGUGCGGACACAACUGAAGGUGCCCCUUUCCAAGGAGAUCAGGUGUCAUUGGAGUUUCUGCCUCCUCCAGACUCAGACUACUCUCUGCUGCUCACCUUCAUCUAUGGCGGGCGUGUCGUGGGAGAAGCCCAGGUGCAGAGCCUGGACUGCCGCCUGGUGGCUGAGCCCUCAGGCUCCCAGUGCGGAAUGGAGCAGGUGGUCUUUCCCAAGCCUGACCCAAGGGAGCCUACCCAGCGCCUGCUGAGCCAGAUCGAGAGGGGCGUCCUGGUCGCCAGCAACUCCCGGGGCCUCUUCGUGCAGCGCCUCUGCCCUAUCCCUGUCUCCUGGAACGCGCCCCAGGCACCGCCCGGUCCAGGCCCACAUCUGCUGCCCAGCAAUGAGUGCGUGGAGCUCUUCCGAACCACCUACUUCUGCAGAGACUUGGCCAGGUACUUCCAGGGCCUUGGGCCCCCACCCAAGUUCCAGGUGACACUGAAUUUCUGGGAGGAGAGCCCCAGCCCCAGCCGUACCCCAAACCCAAAGAGUCUUAUCACAGUGCAGAUGGAGCAGGCCUUUGCCCGACAUUUGCUGGAGGAGACUCCAGAGGAACAGGCAGCCUCUCUGUCCCUGCUGCAGAGCCUGGGGGACCCACUUUCCUCCUUGCCUCUCUCUUCCUCCUAUCUCCUUUGAAAGAGACUCAUUCUCCACACCGUUGACCUGCCUCCCUCGUGCUAAUUCUCAGUGGUUGUCUCUGAUGGAUACGUCCUUGAACUGCCGAUGUACCUGGCUGGU